AUGAAAAUAAACUCAGUGGCAAGCUGGACGGAUGAAAACAAGAGUGCUUUAGCUUCGGUUGCAAAAGCGGAGCAUAUCAUGAAGAUGGCAACUGGAGCAGGAGGGUUUAAAAAGGAAGGCUGGGUAAUGAUUGUAGACGAAUUCAACAAACUUACAGGCAACAAUUACGAUUAUGGCCAAUUGAAAAACCAAUUCAAUGCAUUACGAGCUAAAUACAAGCUGUUGAGGGCGAUUAAAGAUAAUUCCAACUUUGGAUGGGAUGAAGAGUCCAAACUUCCAACUGCUUCGGAUCAAGUCUGGGCCGACUUUAUCAGUGUGUACCCUAGAGCUGCAGAUUUGCGAACUCAUCCACUCUACUGUUAUGACGAUCUGCAUGUGAUUUUUGCAGAUGUCAAGUUGCCCGACAAUUUGGCAUCGUCGUCUCCAACACCUUCAAUCGCUGGAUCGCAACAGCCGACUCCGUAUCAUCACUCACCAGAUCUGAUGGUGUCUGAUGCAGGCGAUAAGGUGCUUGCAUCGCCUUUAAUGCUAAAAAGUACACCCAAAGCAGCCCAAAUACCAUCUCAGAUCGUUACACCUGCUGGAUUACCCAGCGCUGCUACCAAGACCACAUCCAAACGCCGUUUAGAGUCUACAUCUUCGUCAAAAUCUCAUACGCACGCCGCAGUGGAACAGUCUGCACGGAAUCCAACUAGCAAUGGCAGCAUUCAGGAUCAAGAAAACAAUCCAGAUCUCAAUGAUCAUGACACAUAUUUUAACAAGCACAAACGGCAUCAGUUUACAUCUUCCUUGGUCAAUGCUUUGCUUGAGCUCGCUCAAAAAUCCGGCAGUAUCUCUGAAUCACUAAACUCUGAUUCUUCACCACAAAAGCCAAGCGAGUUGCAACAGGCCAUCAUAAGUUUUGAAAAAGCAUUCCAGACAGAGGUAGACGCAUUAACUCGGUGCACCUUUAUCCAACAUUUGCGCGAAGAGAAUGCAGCUGAAAUGUACAAUGCAAUGCUGCCGGAUACUCGUCGCGCCUAUGUCAUGUCCGUCUGUGAUCUUCAGUUGCCUUUGUAA